AAUAAGGGAGGAAUGGAUGCAGAUGACUUUGCCUUUGAUUUAGGAAUCUCUUGUGUAGUUUGCAGACAAUUUGAUGUGUCAUCUAAAAAUCAAUUAGUAGAAUGUCAAGAAUGUCAUAAUUUAUAUCACCAGGAAUGUCACAGACCACCAGUAUUAGAUCAAGAUGUUACAGAUCCAAGAUUUGUUUGGUAUUGUUACAGGUGUGCUAAGAAAUUAACCAAAAUGGUAAGAUUUCACAAAAGGACUGUGUAA